GACACAGACCUCCCUACCCCCUCUUUUCUCGCGUCCUCAUCUUUCCCUACACCACGGUGCAUAUACCAUAUUCCUAAACGAGUCAGCGAGAUUCCAGUUAGGAUAAACUAGGACAGGACAAUUUAAGCAAGAUGGCGCUUCCCCUGUCGCCAGCUAAAGUGACGCUCCGAUAGUGCAAUGAGUAUUGGAUAUCUCCUAGGGAAUAUAGCGAGGAUUCUGGAUAACUCUUUUCAGCCUAAUCAAUCAUGUGGCAUUGAUCUACUCUACAGACAGAGGAAGAACAGAACUUGACUUGGAGAGUAAGAUUUACCACUGGACGAAUGUCAAGGUGUUUGUACAGUCAGAGACAAAACCGAAAACGAUGUAGCCUAAAUAACGGAAUCACGUCGACAAAAGCAGCGCGAUAAAGCAGCGGGGUUCUGUAUUCUGGCUCAUCAUCAUCAAACUGGUUGGAUGACGGAGAAGAAAAGCGUGGGACGGGAGAUGCCUAUCUGUCGUUUUUAAUCAUCCGUCAGUCAAGUGAAUGCCUGCGGUAUCAAAUUCAAAAACAAAUACCGACGGGAAUGUUUGUCAACAUAUGUCUAUUGAUCCGAUGUGAAGGAUGCGCGCACUGCGUCUCAAGGGUGUCAAAGAUAAAUAACCUAAAAUGCAGCGUUUAAUUUGACUGGCAUACAAUCCUUCGGCUAAAUGUGCUUCAGUCAACAUCUGAUCUAUUUCCAUGUUGUAUUUUGAUAAACCCUGUCUGCUGUCGUCUCAAGACUGAAGAGGGAGGAGGAUGUCCGUGGCUCUCUCCGUGACGGUUAUGUCUUCAGCGUUCUUUAAUCCCACUUUUGCCUUCAGUUCCCAUUUUGACUCAGAUGGCGCUCCACUGAGUGAGCUGUCGUGGCCGUCGUCUCUGGCAGUGGUGGCUGUUUCCUUCUCUGGGCUCUUCACCUUCGUCUUCCUCAUGCUGGCCUGCCUCUGCUGUAAGAAGGGACACAUCGGGUUCAAAGAGUUUGAGAACACAGAGGGAGAGGAGUACCAGGCUGACCUGGCCUCGUCUCAGAAUGGACCUGAAGUCUACAUCCUCCCCCUCUCUGAGGUCUCCCUUCCCGUCUCCAAACAGCCCGGACGAUCCAUCCAGCUGUUGAAAUCGUCAGAGCUGGGUCGCCACAGUCUACUCUAUGUGAAGGAGAUAGGACAUGGUUGGUUUGGCAAGGUUCUCUUGGGGGAGGUGAAUGCAGGUCUCAGCACCACCCAGGUGGUAGUCAAGGAGCUGAAGGCCAGUGCCAGUGUCCAGGACCAGAUGCACUUCCUGGAAGAGGCACAGCCAUACCGUGCCCUCCAGAACCCAGCCCUCCUGCAGUGCCUGGCACAGUGCUCAGAGGUUACACCCUAUCUACUGGUCAUGGAGUUCUGUCCUCUGGGCGACCUGAAGAGUUACCUGCGCAGCUGUCGGGCGGCUGACUCCGUGACCCCUGAUCCCCUGACCCUCCAGCGAAUGGCGUGCGAGAUCGCCUCGGGCCUGCUGCACCUUCACAAGCACAACUUCAUUCACAGUGACCUGGCCUUAAGGAACUGCCUUCUGACCUCAGAGAGGACAGUAAAGAUAGGAGACUAUGGCCUCUCACACAGCAGAUACAAGGAUGACUACUUUGUGACUCCAGACCAGAUCUGGGUGCCGCUGCGUUGGAUCGCCCCAGAGCUCAUAGACGAGGUGCAUGGUAACCUACUAGUGGUGGACCAGACUAAGGACAGCAACGUCUGGUCUCUGGGAGUGACUAUCUGGGAGUUGUUUGAGUUGGGGAACCAGCCGUACAGACACUACACUGACAGACAGGUCCUGACCUACACUGUGAAGGAACAGCAGCUCAAACUAACCAGGCCCCGGCUCAAAGUACCCCUGGCUGAGCGCUGGUAUGAAGUGAUGCAGUUCUGCUGGCUGCAGCCAGAGCAGAGACCCAACAGUGAGGAGGUACACCUCCUCCUCACCUACCUGUGUGCCAAGGGGGCCAGUGGAGUCCAGGAGGACUUUGAACAGCGCUGGAACUCCCUGAGACCCAACCUGACUGGCAGCACCACCCACAGCCACACCGCCCCAGCCCCUCCACCACUAGCCCAGACUACUGUCCCUGCCCCAGCCCGACCAUCUAUCCCUGGGGACGUGGAGUUGGAGCCGGCCUCCACCUCCCGCAACUCCUUCCCCCUCCUAGAACACUUCUCCCACGACAGCUUCCACUCAGACAGCGGUGACGACAUCCUAACCGUGACAGAGACCAGCUAUGGUGGGCUCAACUUUGAGUACAAGUGGGAGCAGGCGAGAGCCGAGCAGCCAUACUGUUCCUCAUCCACCAGCGGGCCUCUGGGCCAGGGCAACCCUCACUACCAGGACGUAUACUACCCCGUCGGGAACACCUCCACCUCGGGCAGCUGUAAAGGGGACGGAGGGGAUGGAGGGCUUGUUCUGGGGGUCUCCCCAUCCUACUACGAGUCCGACCACUCCGGAUCGGGGUCAGGGUCGGGGGUAGGGGUGGUGCCGGUGUUGAGCGCUCACAGCCCUUCGGUCGGCAGUGAGUACUACAUCCGUAUUGAGGAGCCGGUGGAGUGUAAUAUCAACCUGGAUGAUAGUGUGGUUGACUACAGCCCUGGGUUGGAGGCUGAGGAUGGCAGCCUCUCCUCAGGGAGCAGAACCCCACAGCCCCAGUCCCAGUCCCAGUCCCAGCCCAGUGCCUACUGGUCAGCAGCAGCAGGCGAUAGCAGUGGGGGUAAACACAGUACCCAUGACUCUGACAAUAGCCCGGCCUUGUCCCUGACCAUGGAGCCUCUCCUGAGACAGACAGCCAGCACAGCCAGUCCCGUGGAGCUGGGGCGGUCCCACCAGUACUUCUCACCCAAUCAGAGACAGGCUUUCUACUGUGAACAGUCGCCCAUUCGAGAGACGUGUUGCCAAUCACCAGAGGACACACCCAUAAUGUCCCAGCUGAACCUGCAUCAUCCAAUGGGGAGGCUGGAAACCCCUCUGGGGGUGGGGUCCUCCCACUCCCAGUGCCUGAGUAGCCCUAGUCUGGGACACUGUGACCCCUACCUCGAGGCUAGCCAAGGCUUCUCCACCACAGCCAGAAGGACGGUUAGUGAAGGCUACUAUGACAUGAUGGGUCCCCUCAGAAAGACUCUACCCAUGGCUAAACAUAUUAGCAUCGACGUGGAGACAGGGGACGGGGGACUUUUGGUGGGGGGCAGGAGGAGAGGAGAAAGUGACACUGGGGACAUCGACGAUGGUGAUCUCUUCUCUGAGAGAGAAGCCACCAACUGGACCUCCAACCACUCGGCCAAUAACAACAGCAUGACUUUUGACCUUAGGCAGACGGGCCAAUCACAGGACAGCUAUCUGGACCUCCAUUACACCAACACCACGACACACUCCUCUAAUGUAACAGGCUUGUGUAACAGUAGCAACAUGUGCCAGCAGCACAGCUCCAGAGCCUUCAGCUAUAUGGAGGCCACAGGGAGAGAGAGCACUGUCUUCUCUUCCUCUAGCAGACCCAAUGAGGGCAGUAGUGCUACUACAUAUAGUCACCUGUGUCACGGAGCUAGAGAUAAACCUGUGUGUCUCUCAGACCACUCUACCCUAGAUCAUCUCAGAGGUGUUGCUGUUGACUCUCUCUCCAGCUCUUCUGUUGCUGUCAAGUGUGUUAACCUCAAAGGUGGUGUAAAGGACGGCGUCCCCACCACCAAAACUACAACUACGGUGUCUGUAGAGGGACACAGUAAAAACCCAUCUCUGAUUACAGGAGAGAGGCCAUUCUCCCAUCCCAAGAUGAUCCCAGAACCAGGCUGUAUCCAAUCUCCAUCCACAUACAUGGAGCUUGACACUCGCACAGGCCUCAGCACUAAGGCAGUCCUGACAGAGAAGCAGGGGGGUAAUGUCUGGGAGAUACCUUCACAUGUUAAAGACAGAGGUCCAGUGGAGGUGAUGUCUGGUGGUGUGGGGGAGAGGAGACUGGGGAUGGGGUUGGCCCACCCUGAAGGGGUACUGCUGGAGCCGGUCGGGUCCUUGUUUGAGGCUAGCAGAGGGCUGGACAGUGGGUUGGAGAUGGCCGGUCAUUCCAGCAUCAGCCUAGUGGACAUCAGCAACUGUAGCUACGACGAUGAGGACGAUGACAUAACGGAUAUCACUUCUGGAAUUUUGGCCGACUACUCCCUGGACUAUGCCGACGAGGUCGGAGACGAUCUAAGCCCCGCCCACCACCCCCACGGACGCUCCCUGCAGAACCCGGUGGGAACCCCCGACUCCGUGGACACCCUGGACAUGCUGUCGCUGUCAUUGUCGGUUACCACCGCCAGCCCCUGUGAGGCCUUCAGCCUUGAUGACGUCUUUCUCCAUCCCUCCUCCUCCCUCUCCUCCUCUUUCACCUCCUCUUCUUUCACCUCCUCAUCUCUCCUCCCCAAGUCCCUGGACAGUGGCUACGACACAGAGAACAAUGAAAGCCCAGAGUUCAUCCUAAAGGAGGGAGGUGGGAAUGGGGACUUCCUAUUGGACUGUGAAGGAAACCAGCAACAACACCCAGUCCUCGGUGGGAGCCACCUGGCCCGCGGUGGGGUUAGCCUGGGGCCGAGGUCGGAACAGAUGGUCCUUCAGCAGGUGGACCUGGGUGAUGGGGUUGGGGUCACUUUGUGUACCUCUUCCUCCUCUGGCUGCACUGAGCUGCAGCUAAAGGGACUAAGUGACAAGAAUCCAUUCGUGGACUCUGCCUACUUCUCUGACUACGACGCGGAGAACGAGAGGAGUCCCCAGGAUGAAGGGAGUAACUUCUUCUCCAGUCCAGGAGAUAAGAAGGACUUUGUGGGGCACACAGCCUCGAAACAGAGGAUACGGUCGGCGAGGAGAGAUGAACUCCAACCACAGACGGGGAGAGAGGACGGUUACCGUGACCUGACAGACCUGACAGGAAACACAAACACAAAUACAAAUACAAAUGGAGUGGUGGUGUUUGACACUACCACAGGUUCCUCUCCCUCCUCGGCCCCCGGCCCGCGCCUCUCCAUGCUGGCCCCCUUCCCCCCUCAGAUGGGGGGCUGUCUGGCCAAAGAGUCCGCCCCUGACGAUGCUGUAGGCCUGGAGUCUGAGCACAGCGGCGAGGAGCCGGCAUCUGGGUGCAGCUCCACCAUGGUGUCUGAGGGUUCCUCCACAGUGCAGGAGGCUUCAGCCAGACACUCUGACCAGGAGAACCAUCACAGGGCCUCAGAGGAUGACUACUCCCCCAUCCAGUCCCUGGGCUCCGACUCUACCAUAGACUAUAGAGAGGAGGUGAUGAAAGAGAAGGAGGAGGAUGGGGAGGGAGAGCAGGGAUCGACUGAGGAGGACAUGCCAGAGUUUAAUCAGGUCGACGAGGAUGGAGAGAAUGGAGAGAGAGGAGGAGAAGAGGAGGAGUAUGAGGAGUUAGAGGAGGAGAACGAAGAGGAGGAGGAGAAGGCUGGCUACAGCAGACACCAGAACGGUCCUGUUGGCCUACUCACCUCAUCUCCAUCGCUCCUCUCCUGCUCCCCCUCACUCCAGGAGCUGUGUCGGGAGGUGGAGAGGCGAGCUCCUCUAACCGAGGGGGAGGAGUCAGACGACAGCGAGUCAGAGGAGGAGCUGCGGAGCUACAACCUGCAGGAGGAGCUGAGCGAGGAGGAAAGUGAGGGGGAGGUGAUGGGGGUGCCGGUGGUGGUGAGCGAUAGUAGUGGGGCCAGAAACCUCCGCAGCCUCCUCAAGAUGCCUAAGCUCCUCACACAGUCCUUCUGUGACGAGCUGGACAGGAAGAAGAAAGCCGUGUCCUUCUUUGAUGACGUCACCGUCUUCCUGUUCGACCAGGAGAGCCCCACAGGAGAGCUGGCUGAUUUCACGUUUCCCCCAGGAGCAGAGUCCAACAGCCAGGCCUCAGGCGGGGAGAACCCCCAGCCGGACCUCCAGCCCCACCCCACCAUGGGCCACCACCACCACCCCACCAUGGGCCACCACCUCCACCCCCCAGGCAGGGCACCACACGCCUCAGAGGACUCUGAUGGCAACAUGUCAGAAGAAGGUGGUGGGUUUGAGUGGGAGGAUGACAUCCCAUUGAUGACCAGCCCGUUGUCCAGCCCGUCUACAGCUGAGCCACCGGUCUCCGAUCCCAUCCCGGUCCCUGCUGCCAAGCCUCCCGAGGACAAGCCUCCCGAGGACAAGCCUCCCGAGGACAAGCCUCCCGAGGACAAGCCGGUAGCAGUAACAGCAGCAUCACAGUUCUCCCGUUUCAGCGUGUCCCGCUCCCGCUUCUCCAUCACACACGUCCCCAAUCCAGACAUGAACUCUGGAGGGAGCAGUGAAGAUGGAGAGAGGCAGUGAAAGAAGGAUUGAAGGGGUCUUCUCCAUGACAGGAAGGAGUAUACCUCCUCUCCUAGUAUGACUACCAGGUGUUCAGACCUGGGAUCUCAAGGACCUGAUGACCCUGUAUGAGCCAAUGCCUUGUAUCGUAGUGACACAACAUCUACAUUCCAAAUGACAGCCUAUUCCCUAUGUGUCCUGGUCAACAAUAGUGGAAAACAUAGGGAACAGGGUGCCAUUUCGGAUGCAGACAAACACCUUAAAUGGUUCCUUCUCUUACUUUGUAUUAUUACUCCAGAGAGAGACAGAGAGAUAGCUGUAGGAACGACGACAGAGUCCUGAGAGGACCACAACCAAGCAGUAUGUGACUGAUAAUAUAGAUGUAUUAGAGAUAUAUAACAUCUACACUUAUGACAAUUAUUAAUAAAUUAUUUGCUCAAAUCACCAUUGACGUUCAGUAGCAUCAAGUCAUUUGGGGAAAAGGAAAAAGAGACAAAAAAAUAAGAAAAAAUGACAGACUUGGUCUCAUUGCUGCUCUCUCAUUGGCUGCUUUGGUCCUCCAUCUGCUUGCUCAUCGGCUGGUUGGAUCUUCUAGAACAGUGUUACAGUGCUUCCCUGGAGCCAUUGAAUAACGGCUGAUGACUGCCCCACAGGAAGCUGCUCUCUGUGGGGGUUCAAAGAUGAAGAUAACCCCCCCUUUACAAAUGACAGAGGAAUAGGGGUGGGGGUACUGCGAAACCUACUGUGCCCCCUUGACAAAGCCACAGGAAGGUGGACAGUCUUGCUGAUGUUUUAGUUCAGGGAUAAAAUUAUUAUUAUUAUGAUGUUACACCAUAGCAUUGAAUAUGUGUUUCUGAUUGGCUUGAAGGGCAUUCUAGAGCGUGCAUUAUUUCCGUAUAACUCACGGUAUAUUUGCACGAUAGAAAGGUUCGUUCUUACAUGUUAUAUGUUUGAGUUGCUUUUGAAAGCAAAAGUUCAAUUGAAAACAUUAUUGGCAUGUUUGAAUUCGAUUUUCAUAAUGGCGAACUAAUGGCGAACUAAUGGCGAACUAGGACUGAUGGUUUCUAGCAGAAAAUGUGUUCAAUUAUAGCCCUGGUAUAAAAGGGAUAAUCAACUUGGGGCUCUAUGCAUACUGGAAAAGUGGAAAGGCAGCUGGAACACACCUUCCACAUCGUUUGGUUGAUUAUCUGGUUGAUUAUCCCUUACAUAACAGAUCAUUAGAGCCAGAGCCCUGUUGAAAUCUAUGUAUGUUAUAAUAUAUAUGGCUCUGCUUACAACUUGGUAACACUGUUAUGUGUCUGUUUCACAGUUCUUUGUAACGUUAGUUACUCCUCUCCUUACAAAAAAAGGUUGCCGUUUUGAAACUGCAGUAAAAGUGCAGUAACUGCAGUCAGUCAACUGUGGUAUUUUGGAUGCAGUAAUUACAGAAUAACUGCAGUGUACUGCAGUUGAACCUCAGUUAUACUGCAGUUACACUGCCAAAUGACGGCAGUAAAAAAAAAAAGUUAUUUUGGACACAGUUUUUGCAGCAAACUGCAGUUAUACUGCACUCUAAUGGCAAUCUUUUUUGGUAAGGGUCCUCCCUCUCUCUGGUCAAUGAAGACCUCCACAUCUGUUCAACAUUCACUUCCUCCAUUAGAAUUAUUAUGCCAGUUGAGAAGCUCUAAAGUAGAUGUAUUUCGGGUUUGAAGCCGUGAAAAUUGGAACACAUUUUUUUGUACUGAACAAAACCUGAUAAGAGGGCCAUUUCAGCCGAGCGUUGUAGGAGCCUGUUCGUAGCACCACCUAUAGAUCAAUGUUGAAAAUACUUCUACUGUACCUGCAUUUACGUUUCAGGUCACCCCUGUGUUGGGUCUACAUGACUGAAAUAUAAGGCGGAGAACACUGUUUUGUAACGUUAAUGUAGUGGAUCUGUUACAGCAUAGAUCCAUGAGGGUCGUGUUCCUUAGGGGGGAAAAGGGGGGAAAAGUACUGAAAUGAGGGUGAAACUAUCUGGACUUAAAAUGAUAUAUAUAUAUAUAUAUAUUUAACUAGGCAAGUCAGUUAAGAACAAAUUCUUAUUUACAAUGAAAGCCUACCGAGGAACUGCCUCGUUCAGGGACAGAAUGACAGAUUUUACCAUAUCAGCUCGGGGAUUCGAUCCAGCAACCUUUCGGUUACUGGCUCUAACCACUAGGCUACCUGCUGCCCACUUGUCCGACUUGUCCAAUAAGACACGCUCAUUAACGUUUUUCAUUGCAAAACCUUUUCCGUUAAGUGCCCUAAUGAACGUGACCCAGGAUCCCUGUUUGUGUCUGUCCCUGGAAACUCAAGGGUCAGUUGAUAACAAAACAUUAUUAGUGCAUUAUAAUGCAUUAUAAAGGACACUAUAAAGCAUUAUACAUUACUGUCUAGCCCAUGUAAUGAUUCAUACAGUAGCUUUGCUCACGUUUCAUUUAACCAGCGAUACAAUGAGUGGUGACAGAGGGAGGGAAAAGAGGGAUGAAUAGAAGAAAGAGAUUUGCAUCCUAAAAUGGCACCCUAUUCCCUUUAUAGUGCACUACUUUUGACCAGGACCCAAUGGGACCUUUAUAGUAGACUACUUUCGACCAGGGCCCAUAGAGCAUUUGGGACGCCACCCAGGUGAAGCCACAGCCAAACUGGUUUGGUCAUAAUAUCUCUUCUGGACGGUUUUCCUGGACACAGAUGAAUCGUAGUCCUGGACUAACAAACACUUUCAAUAGAGAAUCACCAUUAAAAUAGGUUUUGAGACCAGGACUUAUUCUGUGUCUGGGAAACCAGCCCUGUAUGUUUAAAUGCAAGAGCGCCUUUCAAUUCAACUACAUGGCUAUACUAUAUCUGUCAUGAAGCUGUGAUUGUCACCGGUCUACCUACACCAUCUAAAGCAGGUCUAUUUUAUUACAUGUAAGAGAUGGUUAUCUGUACAGGUGUUCAAGGUGUACAGACAUUGCAACAGGACAGUUACAGAUUGACACAUCUCACAUAAUAAUGUAUGAAUGUUAUCAACAUGUUUCAAGAUCAUUUGACUUGGUUUUACUACUGCUGUACCCUCUCCUCUCCUUCCGGGGCCACGUAUCAGGAGUGCUGACUUAGGAUCAGUUUGGCCUUUUAGAUCGCAAUAAAUAAGAUCACACAGGCAGGACCUGAUCCUAGAUCAGUACUCAUUCUCUAAGACAUUUGAUACAUACACUGCCCUGAUUCUCCUGAGUCACUACAAGGGCCAACUCUAUGUUUUCUCUCUCUGCCUGCCUUUUAAGUUUUUCACAUUCUGCAAGAAGAGAGACUUUUCCCCUAGUAUUUCUUAUCUACCAAUAUGAGUAUAUUUCUGAAAUGGCAUCAUAUUCUCUGUAUAGUGCGCUAAGAAAAAUACUCAUAUUUGUGCACUACAUAGGGAAUAUGGGCCAUUUCAGUCACCACUUUAAAACCUCUAUGGGAUCGGUGUCCCCACAAUGGGGUUGAGCUAAUGUGAUUAGCAUGACGUUUGAAGUAACAGGAAGAUUUCCCAGGACAUAGACAUAUCUGAUAUGGCCAGAAAGCUGAAAUUCCUGUUAAUCUAACUGCACUGUCCAAUUUACAGUAACAGUGAAAGAAUACCAUGCUAUUGUUUGAGGAGAGUGCACAGUUCUUUACUUGAAAAUGUAUCAAUAAACCAAUUAGACACAUUUGGGCAGACUUGAUACAACAAUUUGAACAGUAAUGCGAUGGUUUAUCGGAUCAGUCUAUAACUUUGCACACUUUGCACCAUCGUAUUUCAGACACCACUUUAAAGUAAUCCACUGCAGCCAGAUUGUGGAGUUACUCACCUUCUCCUCUUCGCUCUCUGUGGAGCAUAAGUCCUCAACCAGUCCAUGCCGGCUUGUCUAAAUAGUGGCGGUGCGUAAACAUAGCACUUACCACAAAUUCCUUGUUUUCCCUGUGUUUGCCAUAUUGUACAUUGCUUUUGUCAUUAGCACAAUAUACAUGAUCCCGAUUUUAGCUUCAAGGCGGCGGCCAUUUUGAAAAUCCUAAAAGGUAGAUUGAGCUGAUUUAAUGGCACACUAAAACAUGUCGCGCGCCAUAGUUUUGAAACACAGUGGAUAGUGCUAAAACAAUUAUGCCAUAUCUGAAUUCUGCCAUCUUCAUGCACGUUGGCCAUUUGCCAAAGAGAAAGGACAACAAUAACCAAUGGCUAAGCUAAAUAGACAAUUGAAAUGAGUUGAGAGUUGAGUAGGUGAGAUGGGUUGGUCCGUACACCAGUAGUAACACCAUCAUGGACCCCAGAAAGAGUAGCUGCUGCUUUUGCAACAGCUAAUGGGGAUUCUAAUCAAAUACCAAAUACUAAAUCAUCAUCACUCUAUAGAUCCAUUCUAGCCUGGUCCCAGAUCUGCUGGUGCUCUUUCCAACUCAUUGUCAAGCCAAACAUUUGACAUAGAAAUUCCACAAGGUGUUGGUAAGAGAGCAGAAAGAGACUGGCAUCCAGGCUAGUUCCAUUCCUCAAGGCCUAUGUCUCAGUUUCAUGGCUGUCGUGCUAAAGUAGAAUUCAAGACAAAUAAAUCAAGACAGUUUUGUUUC